AUGGCAAUUGACGGAGAGUACAACACGGCGGUAGGCGGCGACGGCAAUGGCCUCGAGCAGAUCUUGGUUUCGGGGCGAAGGUGUCGAAUCUGGCAGAUCUUGAAAAAGCUCGAGUAUUGUUGCAAUCACCGGUGGGGUCGCCGUCGUUCUGCUCUUUCGUCGCCUAGGGACCGCCGCCAAGCUUCACCCCCUCCACUAUUGAUUGUUGUGAGGUUUGGGUGGGCUAGGAUUUGA